AUGGCUUCCCCGAGGCUUAGUAGAAGGCUGCAGUCGCCGAAAGAAACGAUUCAGUUCAUCGACGAUUACGUCGACCCGAUCGAUUUUGUGAAUCCGAACGAGUGCAUGUCCAACUACGACCACCCUUGGGAUGCAAAUCUUACUGCGGCUCAUCAAAAUCGCCAAGCUCAAGCGAAGCUCAAAUCGCAGCAGCUCUCCCGACCCAGGCCAGGGGAUCAGCCAGUCGCGCAAGGAUGCAACUACGAUGAACCUUGGGGUGACAAUGGCUGCGAAUUCAUCCCCAGCGGCCCGCUUCAUCCGAAAAAGGAGCCUAUGCAAGCAUAUGAUGAUCCUUGGGUUCGGUCACAUGACAGAACGACGGUUUCAGGCGCAUCUGGAACCAUUUCCACCCUUUCUUCACACUCUUCAGGACAAUCUGGCCGUUCGCAAAAUCGAAAUAUGUAUCGACCUCCUCAAAUAAAUAAUUCCAGGCGUUCAAACGACCGUGCGAAUUUCCAGCCCGAUCCACGCCUCGUCGUCGACCCAUCCUUCGUGAACAAUCAAAAUCCCCGAUCGCAACAGCCAUCAGUCGCUCAAUCACACAAUAAUCCAAUCUACCACCAACGCUCCUAUUCCAAUCAAAUUCAAAGCCCAACGAAUCAUCCUCUUCAUGGAAAUCCUCAAAACUUGCACCCACCCUCUCUUCAUUCCAAUUUUCCAUUACGUCCGGCUCGCUCCCACGACUCACUGAGGCAUGAGGUAGUUUACGAUCACAUUCCAAGCACAUGUACACCAAUCAUCGCCGAAAGUCCGCUCGUCUUCCACCAACGACAAGAUUCGCAACCUCGAAAUCAAUCGGGCGAAGUUGGCUCAUCCGCGUAUCUACAGCAAUUACUCCGUCAGACGGAUGAUUCGAUUUCGACGUCGCUAGAUGACCUACUGUAUGGUCAGAGGAAUGUCAUUCAGCCUCCUGUUCCAAUGGCCAGAUCGAAAUCGCAGAGAAAUUCGUCUGGGAUGCGCAGACACCAGCCCAACGCCGGCCACAAGUCCCCAUCCCCCCACCGACGUCCCGUUAUGCAAUCGACAAUGAUGCGAAACCUGCAGCACUUUGCUGAACACGACAUUUACGCCAUCGAGCCGGUAAUGAAGUACUCGGCGCCGCACAACAUUGGCCACUCGAGUUCGACCGGUCGAUCAAGUGCGAGCGAUAAGAGUCAUUCUUCGGGAAACCAGACUUCCUCUUCAAGGUCACAGCAGGCCGAGUUGCUCGAUAAUAUGGAUUAUUAUCGCUCGACGAUGACGAGACACGAAGCCGAAAAGGUCUUGCACAACGAAAUCGAAGGCAGCUUCGUCGUCCGCCGCAACACCCAGAACCCGGAGUGGUAUUCCAUUUCUGUCAUGACCGACGACCAGGGCGUGCUCCAUCUCGUUAUUCAAAAAUCAGACUCUGGCCAUUGGUACAUCGGCGGUGGCGGCGUUAUCCAAGCUGAGUUUCCGUCUGUUCCCGACUUAAUCUCCUAUUAUCAGGAGCACUGUCUCAACAUUCGCGGAAUAGACUACCACGCAACAGAUAAAACGAUAAAAACCGCAAUUGAUCAAAAACUCCAAGAACUCAUAUCUUCCGAAGAAAACUCUGAAAACUCGCUUGAAUCGAAAAAAGCACAAGUUCUUCUUCGCAAAAUCGAGAAAACACUCCUUGACCCAAGUUUGCGGUCUUCGUAUGACUUCGAAAAUCGAAAUUUGAUCAUCCCGCAGAAAGAUGAAGAACUUGAAAAUAUCGGAGAAAGAGAGGAGAAUAUUUAUGUGUAUAAUAAUGCGAGGGAAGUCGUGACGCACGUGAAUUACUCGCUGGAAGAAAUUGAAGCGAUGGUCGAAGUCGGGCAAAUGGACGAAGUCGAUAAAACGGCAAAUACGAAGCAGCAAAGAAUGAUGUUCAUUGCUUUCGCGCUGCCACUGAUAUUCUUCUAUUUCACCUCUGUCGAGCCAGAGCGCUGUAUCUUUCGCCGCCGCCGGCUCACUUCAGAAGAAAAGAAAAUAAUUAUUGAAGAGGCUGCGAAAAUAAACGCACAAAAAUCAUCUGCAGAUUUUGUUGCUCCUGCUUUUAUUGAGCCUGCGAAGUUCGUUGAAAGCGCCUUGCCGCCACUUGAAGAUUUGAAAAGUAUUUUGAGACGCAAAGCGUUUGAAACGAAUAGUAUUGCUUUUUGA